CGUGUGUGUGAUAUAUUUGUCUGUUUCUCAGAGAGAGGACCACCGGCUCCAUUUACCGUCGGCAUGUUCUGCACCAGCCGCUGCCUCCGCACCGCGCUGCGAGUCGCAGCCAGCACGCAUCGGCAACAGCUUCAACGGCAGACACCAGCCUUAUGUGCUCUCAGACUUCUGAAAACCAGUCCAGCCUCGUCUUCAGAUGCCAUCGCCACCCCUCCUCUAGAUGGAGCCCCCAAACAGUAUUCCCCCAAAAUCCAGCAGCUUGUCAGUGACAUAGCCAGCCUCACCUUGUUAGAGGUGUCCGAUCUCAACGAACUCCUCAAGAAAACUCUGAACAUUGAGAGUGUCGGAAUGAUGCCGAUGGGGGCGAUGGCGACAUUAGCUGCUCCUGCAGCUCAGGCUGCAGAGGAGGAGGUGGCACCAGCAAAGAAGGAGAAGACUCACUUUACAGUAAAAUUGACAGAAUUGAAAGCUGCUGAAAAAGUAAAGCUUAUAAAGGAAGUGAAAAACUGCAUCCAGGGCUUGAAUCUGGUGCAGGCUAAGAAACUAGUGGAGUCUCUUCCACAGGAAAUCCGGGCCAACGUAUCCAAAGAAGAGGCAGAGAAAUUAAAAGCAGCCCUGGAGGCAGCAGGUGGCACCGUGGAGUUGGAGUAGAUCUCGUCUGCCCUUAUGCCCACUGUUCGCCAUCAUUUUACUACUCAUGCACUUCAUCCUUGAGUUUAUUUCUUUUUAUUUGUUUUCUUUCCUCCCUUUUUUUUUUUUUUUUGUACGACAAAGACGUGGAUCGUAAGAGAAAUGGAAACAAAUGCCUUCUGACAUUAACGCCGUCCCCUUACAACGUCAGGUCGGGACGGCACAGCUGAGACUGAACUCUCCAGCACGCAGCCUUCGCAGAUGUGCCGCCGCACUGUUUGGUGGUUCGCUUGUCUGAUACACGUGUCACAAACAAGCUAAGGAGAUUGGUUGGAUGCAGAGUAACGCCUUUUUCAGACAUGUAAUGAAUAACAUUGCAGUAAUGGCAUUGUGUCAAUCGGCGGUCAUUGAUCACAUUAAUGUUCCUCUGGUUUCUAUCUGACCUUCCUGCGACAGACUGAGAGAACUUCUCUCUCUGUCAUUGUUACAAAGAGCUGCAUGUGCUGCGUGGUGUUGCAGAGAGAGCUGUACCCUACCCCCCCACAUGCAUGCUCUAAAAAGCUUUCUUCUGAAUUAGGAAGAAUGCUUGAAUCAUAUUCCAAAUUAGAAACGAUGUAAACGUUUCUUCUUUUAAUUGCAUUCUCCUGUGAGCUGAGUAACUCGCCAAAGAUGCAUGCAUAGUUGCUACGGUUGAAAUUUAUUGCGUCCAGAGGCGUGAUCAGGGUGCUGAUGGACACGAAACCAUCACCACACCAAGAUGCUGUCAGAUCAAUGGGAAGGAGCGCAUGUCUGAAAGAGGCUGAAAUUACUUUGUAAUUCUUUGUGUUUAAUCUUCUCACAAGGUUAAAUCUUGUGGUUUCCAGGUUGAUACAGAUGACUGAUGUUGAGGAGCACCAGAUACUGUGUGUAGUUCAGAGAAUGGCAGGGUUGAGUCCAGAUAAAUCUCAUUGAAAUGUUAAUAAUGUGAUUAAAGUUGAAAUAAUUAU